AUGUCGUCCAUGAAAACCUAUCUAGCGGAGAAGUACAUGUCUGGCCCAAAGGCAGAUGCCAUCCUCGCGCGCACCGCCCCCAAGAAGAAGAAGAAACGCAAGGUCGAGGACCCCUCCGCGUCUGCCAACGGGUCGGGCGCGAGCCGCUCGGCCAUGCUGGUCGACGAUGACGCGGGUUGGGGCACGGCAGACGCGCAGCGCGAGGAGGUAGACGAUCUCGAAGAGGCGACGAUCGCCAAGGACCGCUCGUUCAAGAAGCGCAGGACCGCUGCCGACGCCGACGGCAAGGCCGGGGACAGCCUAGGGUGGCAGACCGUCCGGGAGGGAGAGAUGCCGCCGCCGAAGGAGGAGACGCCGCCGCCGCCCGAGGACGAGAAGCCGCAGGUCGUCGAGCAGGAGCAGGAGCAGCCGUUCAGGGGCGGUCUCCUCACGGCCGACAAGCUGCGGAAGGCGCUGCCGAAAGCUAAGGCGCCGUCGCCGCCGCCGGAGGGCAUGACGCAGGAAGAGCAGGAGGCGAUGCAGGAGACGGUUUAUCGUGACGCGUCGGGCCGCAAGAUCGACGCCAAGGCAGCGAAGGCGGAGGCGGCGCGCAAGAAGCGCGAGCGCGAGGAGAAGGAUGCAGAGAAGAUGGAGUGGGGCAAGGGCGUUGUGCAGCGCGAGGAGAAGGAUAAAGCGCGCCGGCAGAUGGAGAAGAACCGGACGGGGCCGUUCGCAAGGACGGUGGAGGACAAGGACAUGAACGAGGAGAUGAAGGCGCAGGAUCGGUGGGCGGAUCCGGCAGCUGCGUUCCUUACGGUGCGUCGUUCACCCCGUCUUUGUCUUCAUCCGUGGUUCAAUCUAAGCUUACUCAUUGGUCUUGGGCUACAGAAAAAAUCGUCGAAAGGACCACGAAAACCUCAGUACACAGGCCCUCCACCGCCACCGAAUCGGUUUGGCAUCAAGCCAGGGUACAGAUGGGAUGGCGUCGACCGAAGCAACGGUUUCGAGAAGAAGCUGUUCCAGCACCAGAACGAACAGAGACGGAAGACGGCCGCAAGCUACGAAUGGAGCGUCGACGACAUGUAG